AUGAGCGAAGGACAAUCCAACGAAAAGGAUCGAACUUCUGAGGAAGAAAUAGCGAUGACAACUGAAGAACCAGCAAAACCCGCGCCAGAAGAACUCAAGGAAGAAAAAAACGAUCAAUUGGAAUUAUCCUCACCUUCUUUUGAUGAAGGCUCACCAGAAAAAGAUCUCGAACCCAUUCCUAAAGUAAACGAUGAAGUCCAACUUUUCGGAAAGCCUGAUGUUCCGGUUCCCGAAGAACCAAAACUUGAAGAAAAGGUCGAAGUAAAAGUUGAGGAAGAGCCCUUAGAACAGGAAAAAAAGGUUGAAGUGGUUUCCGAGAAGACUGAAGAACAACCAAAAACCGCUUCUGCAAACAUAGAAUCUGUUAAACUGGAAUCCAAGAAAGUAGAAACUUCAGAAGCAGAAGAAUCUGAGAAGCCGAUUGAGUUCAAGAAUAAAUACAGUGACGGAGAUCAACAUGACGGCUUCUCGUCAGUGCUGGGAAUCUUUCUGCCGCGUCCGACCAUCCAAAUAAUUCCCGAGUUUGCUAAGAAGCUUAAAUGGUUUAGAGAUCCGUCCACCAAGCAAUGGAUCUCCGCGAGGCAGAUUGCAGCGCUAAACAUUUCCACUUCUGCCUAA